AGGACAGAAAACAUGAAAAGAGACGAUAAAACGAACGAAAUGCUGUCGUUCUUGGCAAGGUGGAUGAAAGCGUUGAGUAGACCACCUCGAUCGUUGACCCGCAACGGAUCAAUCACGAUCGGGCGGGGAUACGGUCUUGGGCACCCUUGGUGUAGCUUGGCACUCGACGCCCUCCACGCCCGCGCUGAACGUUGAAGCUCGAAGUCUGGGUUCAAUUCGCUUGGGAUAUUGCCAACACUGUCACUCGCUCUUUGGCUAUCGUAGAGGCUUCGAAGUUUACAACCCGAAGUGGCGGAUUCAGGUAUAGCCAUCCACUAGCCAUGUCUGGUGUUCCUCUGACCGCAGUCAUUCUGGAGUCCAUUCCGGUAUUCCUUGUCAGGUAUGAUACUGCAAUGCCUGUACCUUUCAAGGGUGACAGCUUAAGUUUGGCUUUCAGAGCUGGUUUGUUCUACACGUCGCGCAAAUACCUUCUUCGGAGUCUGUACCAUGAUCUGAAGGACCUUUCUACCGACACCGAGACGUACAACCCUGUUUCAACGCAAGAUGAUGACGACACAGUCGAAUUGGAUUCUUUGCCCGUUACGUCUCCUUCCACAAAGAACCAUGCCGUUCACACUCGGAAACGUACAUUCCAUUCGCUUCUUUCACGGACACUAUUCUCGCUUUCAUUCUCGGAAAGCUGCACAUUGUUUAUUCUACUCAUGUUUCAAGGCCUAGAUAUCCUUCAUGCCCGAACACGUCUCUUCAACUGGAACCUUUCCCUCGCCAUCUUGCUGCUUUCGAUUACGGCCUUGAUACCUCUAUCAUACAGUCUUGUACUGAGCUACCGAUCCUCUUCGCUCUCUCAAACCCUCCAACGUCCAACCGUGCUCCGGCUUCUUCUCACAACCCUCCCGGUUGGCCUCUUCCUUUUCGCCCUGUCCUUUGUUCCGCUACCUGAAGGUGUCUCUCCGGGCCCAACAGUAAAGGUCCUAUGGCGUCUGAUUGUGGUAGGCACCGUGCUGCUUGGCCUUCUUUCGGGGUUUGGUGCUGUCAACAACGCCUGGAUCUUCUUCCCUCGACUAUCUGGAAGCAGGAAGAACCAACCUACGGACGAGGAUGUCAGGAUUGCUGAGCGCGGGCUUGAACGUAUUCGUAAUGACUUAGCUGAACGGAGAAAGGCGAUUGAGAGACUGGAGGCGUCGCAACCCAAGUCGGACGGCAGCUGGAUCUCUCGAGUGAUGCCAACAUUUGGCGGAAGCAGCGAACUUAGCGCAGCAAGUCAAGAAAUCAAUGGCCUAAUGGCGCUUGAAUACCAAAUGUCCCGUAAUCUCGAAACUCUUCGCAGUCAGCAAGCACAAGUCAAGUUUUCACAAACCAUCCGUGGCAAGUUGUUCAAUUUCGGUGGAAGAUUGUUCGCACUGUACUGCGUAUACCGUAUUGUUGUUUCUACCGUCAACUUGAUCCUGCCCAUAGAUACGGCCUCUCCGACACAAGGUGGGGCAGAUGGGGCCUCUCGGUUGGAUUUCUUAACAAUGGCUUUGGCUCGUGUCGUUUCCGUCGUUCCGUGGAUUCACUGGGAAACUGCGGAUAUUGCUGUGAUAGCCAGACAGAUCAGCUUAGGCAUGGUCGGCGUGAUCAUUCUGAGUAGUAUUCGGCUCGUCCUGCGUGGUGUUGCUCGGGUGUUACGUGUGACGAGUCGAAAUCUCGGAGCGUCUCUCAUGUUGCUUAUGCUGGCCCAGCUCAUGGGUAUCUAUCUUUUGUCGACCCUCAUUCAACUGCGCACCUCGUUCCCUCCACCACCUUCAAGGCCUGAUACAGAACCGGACAAUGGGACUAUCAACCUCUUCUCGACGCUACCUGAGUAUCAGGUGUUUGGCUCGCUGUUCGAUGGGUCGUUCCUCCUUGCUGCUGCUGCGAGUGCAGUGAUCCUGUGGUUCGAUGAGCGUAUCAAUGGGUCAGGCGUAACGAGCGAUGUUUAGUCUUGGCACGCAUCUCAUUUCAGACGUCAAUAUAUGUACUCAAGAGAAGGUAAUAUGUGUUAUUGAAGACAAUUAGAAAGUUUCCCGGCGUUCAAGUGCUUGUGUCAUACUCUGUCAAGCACCACUUCUGCUCCAGGCUGGUUAAAAUGCGUUGGAGCAUGCUACCCUUUCCGUCUCUCUCUUCCACCAUCCUGACGAGUCCAUGUCCAAUGGGAGCCGCGUGGAUCUCAACUUCGUCUCCAUCUUCCUUUUCGCUCUCCACGCUUACGAUGGCAAGAUUUGAACAGAUGCCCUUUUUAAACAUCAAAACUAUGUAUCUGGGCAGACGUUCCGCCGUUCCCCUAAGCAAGCUAAAACGUAUCUUUCAUUUC